CUCCCCCUGCCGGCCUGGUGUACAGGAAGCCCCGCGAGCGCGUCAAGGCCAUUCAGCAGCGAGCGUUUUGCAAGAUCAUCGCUUGAAUUACUGCUGCUAGACUUUUACCAAGGGCAUGGGACGAGAAUUUGGGACUUUAGCGGAUUAAAUACUUUGUAAACCUUUGAAAAGCCACACAGCACUACCGGAUCGACGUCUGUAACCGUCGGAUUAACGACAAACAGUUUUUUCCCCACCGACUGGGAUUAGGAUGGCGUUAAUUUUAUUCUCGAGAUCUCGGACUCCGUUGAUGAAAUCAUCCAGAUCAUUAAAGAACGAGUUCAGGAAAGGAAAGCUGAAUGAAGUAGCCUGCUUCAGUUGUACUGCACUACGCCUGGCUACAAACAGUCCCGAGGUUUUCAGAGGCAGUUUGGCAGCUCAGACAUUCUCUCUCAGGCUGUAUCCUGACCAAGCAUGUGUGCGUCAGUGUUCACUGACCAGUUCACCUCGCCUUUACUGUUCCGUCCUGAUACCCAACUCUACUACAGUAGGCCACACCCAUGCUGUCUCUAACUGGACAGUUGCACAGUGGACCACGCCAGUACGGUGGGUUCACACCUCAAGCUGUCUUCAUGAUGACUCCAAAGUGGAGCGCUCGCUGCGUUCACUAAAAGACCGAAAUAAAAAGCUAGAGGAGGGAGGCCCUAUCUACAGCCCUACUGUGGAUGUGGAGCCAGUGCGGCGUACGCUAGGGCAACGUGUGAUUGAUGAGGUGAAGCACUAUUACCAUGGGUUCCGACUUCUGUGGAUUGAUACGGCCAUCACUGGACGCAUGCUGUGGAGAGUGCUGAACGGGCAAACUCUGUCACGAAGAGAGAGGAGACAGUUCCUGAGGACAUGUGCAGACCUAUUCCGACUCCUGCCUUUUCUGGUUUUUAUCAUUGUUCCGUUUAUGGAGUUCCUGCUUCCUGUUGCUCUGAAGCUUUUCCCCAACAUGCUGCCAUCCACUUUUGAGACAAAGUCCAAGAAGGAAGAGAGGUUGAAGAAGGAGCUAAGAGUGAAGCUGGAGAUGGCUAAGUUCUUACAGGACACAGUGGAGGAGAUUGCACUGAGAAACAAAGCAGACAAAGGCAACGUGACUGAGGAGUUUUCUACCUUCUUCCAGAAGAUCCGGGACUCGGGUGAAAGGCCUAGCAAUGACCAGAUCAUCCGAUUCUCCAAACUGUUUGAGGAUGAGCUGACUCUAGACAACCUGACACGGCCGCAGCUGGUAGCUCUCUGCAAGCUACUGGAGCUACAGCCCAUCGGCACCAAUAACUUCCUCCGCUUCCAGCUCAUCAUGAAGCUCCGCUCUAUCCGUGCUGAUGACAAGCUAAUAGCAGAGGAAGGAGUGGAGAGCCUUAAUGCGAAUGAGCUGCAAGCAGCAUGCAGGGUUCGAGGCAUGAGAGCCUUGGGAGUGACGGAGGACAGGCUUAGAGAUCAACUCAAACAGUGGCUGGAGCUGCAUUUGAACCAGCAGAUCCCCACUUCUCUGCUACUGCUUUCAAGGGCUAUGUUCCUUCCUGACACUCUGUCUCCUGCAGACCAGCUUAAAACCACACUGCAGACCUUGCCUGAGAUAGUGGCUAAAGAGGCACAGGUGAAAGUUGCAGAGCUUGACUUCUCUAAGGUGGAUAACAAGACUAAACUGGAGACCAUGCUGCAGGAAGAGGCAGCUAUCCGCCAGGAGAACAGAGAGAGGGAGCUGGAGAGGCUAGCCGAGACUGCAGAGAAAGCCAAAGAACAGAAGGAGGAUGUGGAGGUUGGCAUGCGGGUAGAUGCUGAUCUUGCUAUGCCCAGUGUAGACGUGGCUAUUCACGCUGAAACAUUACGAGACACAGCACCAGUGCUGGAUGGUAUUAAGGGAGAGGAGAUCACUAAGGAGGAGAUUGACAUGUUGAGUGAUGCCUGCACCAAACUGAAGGAGCAGAAAAAACUCCUGACAAAAGAGAAGGAGGAGCUGGAGGAGCUGAAAGAUGAUGUGCAGGAAUACAAUGAGGAUCUGGAGGAGAUAAAGAAAGAGCUUUCUAAAACUGGGCAGGAGAAAGAGGUGGAAGAGUCUAAAGCCAGUAAACAUCUGUCACGCCGGGUGAACCGCAUGAUCAGCCGCAUGGAUAAGAUCAUAAACGAGUUAGAGAAAGACAAGCUGGUGCUGGAUGGACAGAUGGACAGUGGAACCACACCACCAGUUGGAUUUUUCUUUGAGAAAUGUAAUGACUUACAAAGGGAGAACCUGAUUAGCAUCAGUGAGCUCAUUGCUGUCAUGAGGCAGAUCCAGAGCAUUCCAGAGCACAAGCUGCUCAGCAUCGCCGACGCGCUGGAUGAAAACAAGGAUGGCAAGAUAGACAUUGACGAUGUUAUCAAGGUGGUGGAGCUGAUUGAUAAGGAGGAUGUAGACAUCUCCACUGCGCAAGUGGCGGAGAUCAUGUUGAUGCUGCAGAAAGAGGAGAAGCUGGUGGAAAAGGAAAAAGCUAAGGAGAAGGCUGAAAAGGAGCAGGCAGCUAAAGUUCAGUAAAACUAAGUUCAUCGUGGCAAGCUAGCAUGGAGCAGGAAAGGACAGAGGAGCCACUGGUGCUGUAGCCACUGGUUUCAUACUUGAAAAAUAAGAGAAAUUAAAUUAUUUGUUGAAAAAUCCCAACAUUCAUUUCACCAUCUAACCAUCAGCUGGCAGUGAUGUCAUUUCAUGUGAGCUGACUCAUUAUUUUUAUUUUGCACAAUUGCACCAUCAUGGUUGUCAUCAUUCCACUGCCACUGCUGCCAUUCGGAUUCAUUUAUUUUGUGUUAUUUUAUUUAAACCAGACCCUUCUGAGUUGAUUUAAUUAGCAGACGAUGCUGAAUGUAGCUCAGAUGGCCUGUGUGUGUGCUAUUGUAUUGUAUGUCCAGAAACCAAAGUAAAUUUGAAACGGUACUAAAGAACUCAAGGUCAAUAUGCAAAUACUACGGACUGAUCAAGAGGUCAGCUCUUGCAGUGAGCAGAGUCUCAGCUAUGGAAUUUUACAAUUUUUUUUUUUGGCAAUUACUCUGUUGUGGCCUUGAGUGAACAAACAUUCACCUAAUGACAGUGAUUUAAAAAAAAUUACCUUUAUUGGUUAAGUAUUACCCAGCUGAAAUUCCUUCCUUUAGUUAACAUAUUAACAGUGUUUCCUUUCACCUGUUGAUGAAACCUGGAGUUUUGUGGACGUGUAUAUUAGCAGUUUAGUUAACCUUGGAACAAAUGCUAGCUGUAGACUCCUAAUUCAAUAGACUGGAGUUCUUUAUGGAACUGUAGAGGAUAGAUUGUGAGAAUUGUGCUUUGAGUGUGUGAGUGUGUGAGUGCGUGUGUGUGUGUGUGUGUGUGUGUGUGUGUGUGUGUGUGUGUGUGUGUGUGCGUGCGUGAGAAAGAGGGGGGGGAGAGCGAGAGAAGAUGGAGUGGGCUCUUUGCAGUGCAGACAAGUUUGGUGUAUCUAGGCCUCGGCUCAGACCCAGUAUGGUGAGGCCAGUCUGGGUACAGUCGCUUCAAGGACUGGGUAAACACUCGCACCAUACAUGGAGAGGGUAGCUAGCAGAUACAGACACACACAUUGUAUUAUGUCAGCAUAACAUAGUUGCACAGGGCACAGCAGACAGUGAAUACAUCACUCCCACUCCUAAACAUGUCAUAGAGAGAGAACAGAGUGUCUGACCUGAAAGCACUGACUCUGUGUUGCAUCAGAGAGACAGUUGGAGCUCUGUUUUGGAGUCAGGGUGCCUUUUUCGCUUUGCGUCUAUAAGCUUCAGCCAGGCAGCAACCAAGGGUCAGAGGUCAGCCUUUACCACAGUAACCACCUGUAUUUAUGCAGCUUGUGUAUCUGCAUUUGGGCCUUAAACCACAUAAAUUUAUUGCACAUUAAAAUCUCAUUCUGAUGUUUAAAGGGAGCAAGAAAUACUGAUUUACAAUUGCACUAUCUGUAUUUAAAGCUUUUUUUUUUAUUAUUGUUUUGAGGUUGUGAUUCAGACUCAGGAAUAUUUGUGUAAUGGGAUGCAGGUUAAGAGAGAAGUGGAAUGGUGGGUAGUGUAACUGGAAGAGAUGGAGCAUCUUUUGUCAAGUGGCAGGAAACUAUAUUUGGGUGAAUGACCCAGAUUUUGAGGAGAGAGUUAUUAUGGUAUUUCUCUACCCUAAAGGUGCACUACUGUCCGUCUGCUAUAAUAUGCAGUCACGUGGUCUGACCAAAAGGUUUUUCAAAAGAUAGUUAUUGUUGACCUUAAAAUUGUGCAAAUUCAACAGUAGUAAGCUGACGGAAAAGGCAGGGUGAAACUGUCCAGGAAGUAACCACUGUAUACUUCAUCCAAAGUUUGUACUUAAUUUAAAACCAAGUAGAGUUUAUUUAAAAGAAGAAUCCAGAGCAAUAGCUAUAUUAUUAUUGAAAGAUUCUAAGUUCAUUUUUGUUGUCUGCUGGUUAGGCUAAUCCCAAACAAGGGUACUUGUUAAAUCUCUCUAUUGGCUCUUUAAGAAGAUUAGCUAGUGUAGUAUUGUAUACAGAAAUAUGGCCCUACCAUGAGGAGAGGUGUCCAAAAGUAACAAAAAAAGGAUAUAGUGUUUAAAAAAAGUUAUUUGCCAUGCCUAAUUUGCUGUGCUUUAAAAAUUCAUACAAUUUAUUGUUAGCCAAAAACUGAUUACGUAAAAAAGAGGAACCUGUUAAAGCAAAAUCUUAAAUUGAAAAUCAACUCCUAAAUCCAUCUGUUCAAAUGUAAUUGCAAAUGUCACAGUACCUGUUGUUAAAAAUAUGUAUGCAAAUUGUUGAACCCUAGUAGUUAUUGUAUGUCCCUGUAUGUAAUAACUGUACAGGUGUACAGUGGAUUGGCUUUUAGUGAUUAAAUUCAAUGAAUUUAUUUUCAUAUUACAGAGUUUACCAAAUAUUUGAAAGGUGUGUAGCUCGAUGAUCUAUAUAGUUUUUUAUUAUUUAAAUUAAAUUAAAUUUAAAUUUAUUAAUUGAAGCACAAAAUAAACUUGUUGAUGAAAGGUGAGAUGAAGUUGUUGGUACUGUAUUUUAAACCAUCACAAAACUGAGUUUGGUUUUCUUUUGAGUUUUUAUUGUCAUAAAAUAUAUAUGAAAAAAUAUAGCUUUUAAUUUUGCCAUGACUAAUUCUCAUGUAAGUAUACAUAUUCUGAAACGGGUCUUUCCAGUUUGAAUAAAAAAAGGUAUUGUGAUUCCUGGGAAGUGUUGUACCAUUUCUUUUUCAUUAUUAUUAUUAUUAUUAUUAUUAUUAUUAUUAUUAUUAAUUCAUAACAUUCAACCCAUAUAUUUUCUUGCUAUUUUUGCUUCAUACGUUUCUUCCUUUUGAAUUUGUUUCUCCACCUUUAUGCCUUACAGCUUUUCCUUCUUAAUGUCACUUAUUAUUCCUGCUUAUAUAUUAUACACUCAUGAGCACUUUUUUAGGAACACCUGUACACCUACUCAUUCAUGCAAUUAUUUAAUAAGCCAAUUGUGUGGCAGCAGUGCAGUGCAUAAAAUCAUGCAGAUACUGGCCAGCAGCUUGGGGUAAUGUUCACAUCAACCAUCAGAAUGGGGGAAAAAAUGUGAUCUCAGUGAUUUUGACUGUGGCAGGUUUAAGUAUUUCUUUAACAGCUGAUCUGGGAUUUUAAUGCACAACAGUCUCUAGAGUUUUCACAGAAUGGUGCAAUAAAGAAAAAACAUCCAGUGAGCGGCAGUUCUGCAGAUGGAAAUGCUUUGUUGAUGAAAGAGGUCAACGGAGAACGGCCACAUUGAUUCAAGCUGUCAGAAGAGCUACAGUAACUCAAAUAACCACUCUGUACAAUUGGGGUGAGCAGAAACAUUUCAGAAAGUAUAGCACGUCGAACCUUGAGGCAGAUGGGCUAAACAGCAGAAGACCUUGUCGGGUUCCACUUCUGUCAGGCAAGAACAGAAAGCUCAGGCUGCAGUGGGCACAGGUUCACCAAAACUGGACAGCUGAAGACUGGAAAAACAUAGCCUGAUCUGAUGAAUCUGGAUAUCUGAUGAGGAUGGUAGGGCGCUAACAGCAUGAAGCCAUGGACCCACCCUGCUUUGUGUCAACAGUCCGAGCUGGUGGAGGUGGUGUGAUGGUGUUGGGAAUCCCAAUAGAAUGGUAGAUUCGUAGCAUGAAAGUGCACCUGAAAAAUUUGCAGGAAUUGCCUGACCCAAUCAUGUCAACGUGGACCAGAAUCUCAAAGGAAUGUUUCCAACAACUUGUGGAAUCCAUGCCACGAAGCAUUGAAGCCGUUUUGAGAGCAAAGUGAGGCCCUACCCAGUAUUAGUAUAGUGUUGCUAAUAAAGUGCUCAGUGAGUGUAUAUUCCUGCAUGACCCUGCUUAUAAGGACCCUCUGUAUCAGAAUCACCUGCAUGCUGCUGUAGACAUAAAGCUCUGCAAAGGAACUUGAAUCAAGUCUUCUUCUGAAUGCUCCAGUCAUGUUUCAGUCACUGAAGGCUAGAAUUCUGCAUGUUAUGAUAAUUCUGUGAAAGCUGCUGUUACUGAACUUUAAAUUGGCUGACAUGUAAAUUUUCCUCGUAUUGGUGCUGUAUUGGGGAAACUGAUCAGGGUGUAGGCAGGAGCAGCGUGUUUCUGAAGUGCUAAUGAAAAGAAUGGUGUAAAGACAUAUUAUAAAGGGACCAAAAGAAAAUGUGAUUAUGCUUAAUGAUAAUCAUGCUAGUAAGAGAAUGGUUAGGGAUACUCAGUUUGCUGGUUAAUGCAGGCAUGUUGCUAUCUCACGUUUGCACUCUAAAGCUAAUAAUCAGUGUUGUGCUGACGUUGGUGGUACGGCAAAAUUUCUCCAUGUUGGUCCAAAAAUAUACAUGACUUACUGCCACCUGAGACCCCUUCUGUAAGUUCUGUCCAGUUCUUACAGCCCAGUUUAACAUAAAUAGGCAAUAGCCCCUACUUCAACAUAAAUAGGCAACUUCAUCCAAAAGAACAAACAACGUUGUAGCUGCUAAAAGCUGCAAUGUUAAGUACAUGUAAAAACAUAGAAGCACAUCCAAAUAAAUCACUCUGUUAAAACAACCAAUUUAUUUACAUAAAACACUAACAUCUGUAGCAUAUAACAUUUCUUCAUUCUCUGUCAUGAUUUCCCAUUAUGCUUUAUAAUUAGGUCUCUAAAGGUAAUGUAAUGGUUAUUGAAAGCUCAAUUAACUCUACAUAUGCAAACAUACUGUAUAUGUAACUGUAAAAGUAUAUACACUUUUAUAAAACUAUACAGCUGAAAAAUUUUAAAGAUGGUGUAAAGCAGAUUAUCUAGGUCACUGUCAAGGUUUAAAUCGUCCUGUGACACAGUGAUUUGCUUAAAAAAAAAAACAGACAUGGAGGAAAUCACGUUUUACAAAGAAACUCAUCUUUCAGUGGGAUGGGGGGAGCUGAUUUGCCUGGAUAUUAUAGCAAUGCAUCUAGCUCUACCUCUCAAUGACGUAUUCACUCACCCAAACCCUUUCCACAAUUGGACUGUGGUGCCAUCUGUAGUGAUACCAAAAAUAUACAGUGUUCUGAUCAUAUGCCUUGUUUCCUGAUUAUGUGUGUUAUGAUCCAAAAAAUAUACACCGUGGACUUUUGGAUAAUGAAUUGGAAAAUCACUUUUGCAAAUGAUUACGAAUCAAUUAGAAAGACUUGAAUCAUAUUUGGGGUAAACAUGCCAUCUUAGAUCUUGAUCCUUUAAGAGUUCUUUGGUUUGUCCCUCUGGGGGGACUCUUAAAGGUUCUGUAUAAAAAAAUAUUCUGUGUUUUCACAUCUGAUAAAGUUCCCUUUAGAAAGUGAAGAAACCUUGAGAAACUCUUUUUCUUUUCUUUUUUCCCUAAGAGUGUGCUUAUAUAAGCAGCCCAGUUUAAAGACAGAUUUCAGUUCAGUACUGGUGCAGGUCAAAGCCUCGGUUUUUAUGUGGGUGAAAUGAAUUAUGAUUAUAGAUUUAUUAUUACCUUACCUUACCUUUCAUCAACCGUAUAGAAUUAUACGGUUGAUAGCCUUCUUAAAAGUAUACACAACAUUGAGAGAUGACCUAAUUUGACACAGUAAAAUAUAAACCUAAUUUAGGCUAUGUCUGUUUUCACUGUCUUCAAGACAAUGUGGGCUUUUGCAAAAUAGGAUUUUGUAGUUUUUACAAGGAGUAUUUUUUUAAUGAAAUUGCUAAAAGCAAUGUGUUGCUGAGAAAAAGAUUUUUCUAAAAGUAAAAGUCCUAUCAGAAAGCAAACCCCGAGGUCUGUAAUGACAGUCAUUUUAAAGCCACUUGAAACUGUUUCCUCUGAGAAAUAAUAUACCAUAAUAUAGUAAUAGUAUAUGAUUGUACAUUUUGGCUUUAUCGUGUGAAUCUACUCUAAUUUGAACAGUUUAUCUUGUAGCAUAUCAAACCAUAAGCAUUAUUUCAAGGCUGACAGAGCAAUGAUAAUACUGCCAAAUUAUGCACGUUUGCACUGGUCAAAAUCAGUGCACACAACCUUUACAUGACAGAGACAAAUACCAACUUGGGUGCCAGACUUAUCACGCAUGUCUCCAGCUGUCUGACACACAGACUGACUAAAUGAUUAAAGGAAAAUAAUAACCUGUGCAGACUUGAUAUGACGGCGCUACAUGACUAUACACUGUUCCAGUAGAUAUAGUGCACUGUAUGUGAGGCUGGUUAAGUGCUCUGCAAGUGGCUUAUUUCUCAUUUCUGAAACCGCAAAUUCAACAUCUCUGCUUCCCUGUAAAGCCAAGCUCUGCUGGCUGGCUCUGUGGAUAGUUUAGAUUGGAGGUGAGCAGUGUAUAGUGUAAUGUUAAGAGCUUCCCUGCAGUGUAUAUGCUGUUUAAAGGAUCGUUGCUUAGAUGACAGAGUGGUGAGAAUGUAUCUAUGAUUCUGUAAGAAGUGAGACAUCUCAUGCUGAAGUUCCUGAACAUAGAUUGAGUGCUUAGUCUGUGUACUCACGAAGCAAUCUUACAAUCUGUGUUCGCUUUUGUGCUCUCACUUUCACACACACACAUUCUCUCCUCUGUCUGUCUGUGAAGAGGCUGAACAUGUCUGGGAUGUGUUGGGAAUCCCUGGGCAUGUGCAGCAUAUGCAGUGUACUUCUACUGGUCCUGCUUGUCUUCACAUCUCUCCUUCCUUCUUGUCUUCUUUCCUUGCUCUAUCCUCUUUUGAUCUGUUUAAUAGCCAAUCCUUUGCUUUAUACAGUGCACAGUAAUGUUCGGUAAUGUCUUAAUGUAGUAAACACAGCUGGAUAUGUAACAGUGCAGUGUUGUAAUUGUGCAUACCGUAUGUGAUAGUGAGCUUAUACACUUGGUAAGGCAUGGAAUCAUACUGCAUCUGACCACAAGUUUGUUUAUUGUGUAAGGGAAUACAUUCUGACAUGGUUUUAUAUGUGUAUAUCCAAAUAUAUAUGUAUGUUCAACCUCUACACACUGAUCUAGGACUUCUUUCUUACAUGAACAAAAGUUAUCUAAGAUCUGCAUAAAUUAUACAUUUCAUAAAUUGUGAAAUAUUUGCACUUAGAUUGAAAUGCUAAAGAAAUAGCACUUUAAUUCGCUCAACACUAAGCCACCUCGCUGUAGUGAUGUAGUUUAAGUUGUAUUAAUGUGUAUCAUUUAGUACUGUACUAGGAAAUUUAUAUUCAUUUUAUUAAUGCUUCCAUUAGAUGCAGAUGGCUGGUGAAUGUACCUCUGGAUUAUGGACUUUUUUAAACAUCUGAUCUUUCUGAACAGGUACAGUGAAUAUACAGACUAGAGCUACAACCACAAUAUUAUACGCUGCUGAAUUAUACAGAAUUCAUCAAGAGCAUCUUAUGUCCAAAAACAAUGACACGUCCUUUUCUGUUGUUCCCAGUAUCAUUUUAUAUUAAACCACAAUAAAUCAGAAGAGUGCUUGA